AUGGCCGCAGAAUCCCAUGCAGCUGCCGAGCUGGAGCUCAAGGACAACACGGUCAUCGUGGUCCUUGGUGCCUCCGGUGAUUUGGCUAAGAAGAAGACUUAUCCCGCGCUUUUCGGACUCUACCGGAACCAAUUUCUCCCCAAGGACAUCAAGAUUGUUGGAUAUGCCAGGACAAAGAUGGACCACGAAGAGUACAUUAGGAGGAUCAGGUCGUACAUUAAGACGCCCACCAAGGACAUGGAGCAACAGCUCGAUGAUUUCUGCUCGCUGUGCACCUACGUCUCGGGCCAGUACGACAAGGACGAGUCUUUCUACAACCUGAACGACCACCUCGAGGACCUCGAGAAGAACCAGAGUGAGGCUCACAGGCUUUUCUACAUGGCGCUCCCGCCCAGCGUCUUCACAAUCGUGUCGCAGCACCUGAAGAGGUGCUGCUACCCCAACAGGGGGAUUGCCCGCGUUAUUGUCGAAAAGCCUUUCGGCAAAGACCUGGCCAGCUCCCGCGAGCUCCAGAAGUCCUUGGAGCCAGACUGGAAGGAGGAUGAGCUGUUUCGCAUUGACCACUACCUGGGCAAGGAGAUGGUCAAGAACAUCCUCAUUCUUCGCUUCGGAAAUUCCUUCCUGGGUGCGACAUGGAACCGUCACCACAUCGACAACGUUCAAAUCACAUUCAAGGAGCCGUUUGGCACCGAAGGUCGGGGUGGCUAUUUUGACGAAUUCGGCAUCAUACGUGACGUAAUGCAGAACCACUUGCUGCAGGUUCUGACACUGUUGGCCAUGGAGCGGCCAAUUUCUUUCUCCUCCGAAGACAUUCGUGACGAGAAGGUUCGCGUUCUUCGUGCCAUUCCUGCCAUCGAGCCCAAGAAUGUGAUCAUCGGCCAGUACGGAAGGUCGCUUGACGGAAGCAAGCCGUCGUACAAAGAGGACGACACAGUGCCCAAGGAGUCGAGGUGCCCGACUUUCUGCGCACUGGUAGCUUACAUCAAGAACGAGCGCUGGGAUGGCGUCCCCUUCAUUAUGAAGGCAGGAAAGGCCUUGAACGAGCAGAAGACGGAGAUUCGCAUCCAGUUCAAGGACGUCACGUCUGGUAUUUUCAAGGAUAUUCCCCGCAACGAGCUUGUCAUGCGUAUUCAACCCAACGAGAGUGUCUACAUCAAGAUGAACUCGAAGCUGCCCGGACUCAGCAUGCAGACUGUGGUUACGGAGCUCGACCUGACUUACCGCCGACGCUUCUCUGAUCUGAAGAUUCCCGAGGCUUACGAAUCAUUGAUUCUGGACUGCUUGAAGGGCGAUCACUCCAACUUUGUUCGAGACGACGAGCUUGACGCCAGCUGGAGAAUCUUCACACCCCUGCUGCACUAUCUUGACGAUAACAAGGAGAUUGUGCCCAUGGAGUACCCCUACGGCUCACGAGGACCUGCCGUUCUCGACGAUUUUACCGCAUCCUAUGGCUACAAAUUCAGCGACGCGGCUGGCUACCAGUGGCCUACCACUAGCGCCGCGAUGCACCAAAACAAGUUGUAA